GAUCAAUUAUCGUUAAUAUCAGGACAUUAGUCGCUUUGGGAUGAACGGUGCGCAGUUUGUAGCGAUCUGAACAGUCGAAAUCAGUGAAAAUUGUGUCGAUUUUAGUGUUGUCGAGCGACUUAAUGGAUUAUCUGAAGAGGUGCGCGAUCGAGAUUACUGCUGAAAGGCUUGUUGGCUCCUUUUUUUUCUGCAGUGAUAACAAGUUUUCAGUUUGUUAGAUAUGAGCUAGCCGGUGAUCGAUACUUGUCUGGACUCGCUUGCGUACGAGAAUCAAUAACCUCGCAGUUGACAGGAAAAAAAGAAACGGAUACGACGCGGUCUCAAAAGAUUGAGACACAUCAGCAAAACGUAGAUUAAUUUAUUACGUCCAUUCAGAAAACAUACGUCUACCCGUUGUUUCUCCCGUAUCAGUAACCGCGCGGAAAAAAGUGAUGCAUGAAAAGUCUCGAUAUUACCAGGCACGUGUCUGUAUUGGAGUAAGAGCUACUCUGUGUGUAUGUGUGCCAGGUGCACUGUUGCAUCCCUCUGAUGAGAGCCAUGCACCGUUUAGACCAUAGCCAUAAUGUCAUCCCGAAGGCUACUUCUUAGUAAUUCACAAAGGGUUCACUCUUCCGUGAAGUACAGCGCAUGGAUACUUUCCAGGCAAUACCUAGCACGUACCUUGCUAGAGAAAUAUUUGUGGUAGAUCCUCGAUGAAUCAAGAGUAUGGCUUCUGGUGCGUCUUCCUUGGAUAGUGCUGGAAGUAGUGAUGGAGCACUCAAUAUGGGUGUGAACAUACUAUGAAGGAAUUGGAAUACUACAGGGGACAGCAUAUAGCAGUCAUGAAUCAAUUAGAGGCAACGUCACAAGAAAGUUCCGCACUGCGGGGCAAAUAUGGAGAUUUAGUAAAUGACAAGCAACGCCUAGAUCGGGAAGUCCAAGCGUUGCAAAAGGAAGUGUCUGAAUUAAGGUGUCAAAAUCAAGAAGUUCUUGUUUCUGAUGCUAGUAAUAGUGACACUAUGAAUCAGCACUAUCUAUCUGCGCUUCGAAAAUAUGAAGCCGUUAAAGACGAGUACGAUGCCCUUAGGAAACGGUACGAUGAUUUAAUAUCAUCCCAUUCAUCGGCCGUUAAUAAGUUGGAAUUAUCUCAAGAAGAGGCUGCCAGGUUAAAAAAACAAUAUGAUGAAAUUGUUCAAGAACGCAAUAGCGCAGUUCGUGAGCGUAAUGGUUUAAAACAACAGUGUACAGCUGCCAUUAGGCAGUGGGAUAUUGCAUUAAGGGAAAGAAAUGAAUAUCGUGAAGCCUUAGCCAAAGUACAGCAACAACACGAAGAAGCAGUGAAGGAAAUUAAUCAUGCAAUGGUACUACGCAUGAAAGCUAGUAAGGAUAUGAAACGAUUAACAGAAGAAAGAAAUGCUGCAUUACAAGAAUACAGUUUAAUUAUGGGCGAGCGCGAUACAGUGCAUAAAGAAAUGGAAAAACUUGGUGAUGAUCUUACACAAGCAUAUACAAAAAUCACACAUUUAGAGAAUCAGAAUAAACAAUUUAUGGAAGAGAAAAAAGCUUUAUCCUAUCAAAUUGAAACUUUAAGAAGAGAAAUUUCAUCCGCUUUGCAAGAUCGAGACGAUGCUUUAAAACAAUGUAACGAAUUACGCCAAAAGUUUGGUGAUUAUUCUGAAGGCUCAAACAGGGAUUAUAAAAAUCGUAUGGAAUUACACUCAUAUAAUCGUGAACGAGAUAAUUCGAACAAAGAAGCUGAAAGAGAAAAUAACGCUACAGAUUACACUAAACGGGAUAAGGAACGUAUGGAUAACUUGGAUCAAGCUAACUUGGAAUUAGAUAAACUUAGAAAAUCUGUCGAUAAAUUGCAAGCAGAACUCGAAGAAGCCCUCCAAGAAGCAGAAGUAUCAAAACGAAGAAGGGAUUGGGCUUUCAGUGAAAGGGAUAAAAUAGUUUUAGAAAGGGAAAGUAUUAGAACUCUCUGCGAUAGAUUAAGAAAAGAGCGCGAUCGUGCUGUUUCGGAACUAGCGGGUGCUUUACGUGAUUCUGAUGAUAUUAAAAAGCAACGGAACGAAGCAUCGAAAGAAUUAAAGGAUCUCAAAGAAAAGAUAGAAUCUGGUGAUCAUGCGUUAAGAGCAAGUCAAUUUGCACAAAGCUUAGCGCAUGCACAUGAUUCGGCGAUCGAUACUGAUGUUAGUGACUGGGAAAUUCUUACUAUUCACUUGGAUCUUAGUCGAGUUUGCUUAGAUUCUGAUCGUGAUUUGGGAUUGACAUUAGUUGGAGGUCGUGAUAAUCCAUAUUAUCCAAAUGAUACAGGAAUUUAUGUUGCUCAAGUAACAUCAGGAAGUGCUGUUGAUGGUAAAUUAAGAGUGAAUGACUGCAUUAUGCGAGUAAACAAUGUAGAUUGUACAUCUGUUUUUACACGUGUAAUUAUGGAAACUUUACGUACCUGUUCGGUGGGAUCAGCUACAUUAACGAUAAGAAGACGGCGUUUAACUAGAAGGUCAUUAAGGACAACGCAAUUGCCUGUUGGUUCAGUUCCUCAUGGUAUUUCUUUGGAGCUUGGAGUAUACAUUUCGAAGAUUUCACCGGGUAGUUUAUCUGCUAAAGAUGGCAACCUUGCUGUUGGAGAUAGAGUUUUAAAUAUUAAUAGUAAACCAAUGGAAGGCAUUAAUUCCAGCCACGAAGCGAUGGCAACUUUGAAUGAUACAAGUACGGAUGUGUUAACUAUUACGACCCUGAAAGGAAUACCAUUGCCUUCAGCAACUAGUUCUGAAACUAUGACCAUUGAUGGUAGCUUUGGUACUGAGAAACAAAAAAUGGUGAAUAGUUGUUCUCAAACAGAACAAGAAAGAAUAUUGUUAAAGAUUCCAUCGGACGAUUAUGAAAGAAGACACGUUGCUUCGAACUUUGGUGAUAGAAGUGUUUACAAAGUUUCAAAAUCCGUUAGUGGUGAAAAACCAAGUGGAAUUAGCAAUGCUUGGGACAAUAUACGAGAGAAGAUUGAUAUAGUACGAGGACGUAAACAUAGCAAAGAUCGGGAGGAGAAGAAGAAACGACACCGCAACUCGAGUCCAAAUACCUUUGAGCAAGAGCAAGAUGCAAUAGCGGAAUUAGAUUCAGUAAUAGAGAGCUACCACAAGAAAGCGAAUAAUGGAGUACUGAAACGAAGUAAGCGACGCGGAACCGAAAAGGUUGAGAAAAAUGGAGGUACGUGGCCGAAAGCCAGAGGUGGACCUCUGAUUCAAAAUGGUACUGGUACUAUUUUACAUCCACGUAAGACAAAAGAAAGGUUGCCCUUAAGUGUACUCCUUAAUCAACCACCAAAGUAUGAAAGUUAUAAUUAUAAUCGUAUUUCUAAUCCUAUACCCUUAACCAAUUUUUCCAAUAUGAACAAUCGGCAUACGGUUUAUAAACCUGUAGAAAAACCAUUACCAAAUUUCCUUAAAACUGGACCGUUAUUUAGUCAGAAAUCCUUUACUCCAGUGGUGCAGUUCAAAGAUAUCCCGAUAGAUAAGAAACCAGCAACCGAAUUCGAGAACACGGAAAAUAGACUCAGUUCUACGCUGACACCAUCUGAAACUAGCAUCGAUUUUUCCGUAAAGUCUGGAAAUACGGGAAAAGAUGUAGAAUAUUUUUCGAAGAAAAGAACGCAAAAGUAUACUCCUAGCAACGAGAAUCAAGUAGACACACUACAGCAUAAUAGAGUGCAAUCUCAACUUUAUUCCGGGGCUGGAUCAUCAACUUCGUCGACUAGCGGCACGAGACAGCAGUUGACUGGUAAUUUUUCAUUUCCUCCCUAUACGCAUUCGCAUCCGCAUCCCCAUCAACAAAAUUCUUUACCUUCGAGAUACCCUUCCCCGCCGUCUUUGCCGUCUGCACAGUCCGGGGAGUCAAUAGGACUACCCGAUGCACGAUCUUAUUGUUUCGAACCUUCAUAUAGCCCCGGCCCGCAAACAGGAUUCGGGCAUUUGCACACACCCUCUGUAGAUUUGCAUUACCACAAAUCUCGCGCUCCACCGAUUGGCACUACAUACGACGUACCAGCGUACACACAUGGCUACGAAGGUGGAACUUUUCCAAGAAAAAAGGAAAAUCAACGUUUUCGAAUACCAUCAAAUCCUAGUGUGACUUCAAAAAGCAGCGUGGGUAAAUUAUCUACUGGCAGUAUAGAAAGAACUUCAGAAAGAGGCAGUCCGAUGCCAACAUUCCACGUGGAAGUACUUAGUCCUGGUACCGGUAGCGGAAAUAGCUCUGGUGGAACUGUCAGAGGAAGUAGUGGCAAUAAACGGUCCAGCAUGCCGGACUAUUGCUACUCUCAACCUAGGCCAGCACCUGGAGAACUUCGCAGAGUUCACAUAGACAAGUCAGUCGAACCUUUAGGUAUCCAGAUUUCUUGCUUAGAGAGCGGCGGUGUAUUCGUUUCCACUGUUAGCGAGCACAGCUUAGCAUCUCAAGUCGGUCUUCAAAUCGGUGACCAGUUGCUUGAAGUCUGUGGUAUCAAUAUGAGGAGUGCUACGUAUCAACUUGCUGCCAAUGUGUUACGUCAGUGCGGUAAUUCCAUUACGAUGCUGGUGCAGUACAGUCCAGACAAAUACAAUGAGUUAGAAGAAGGCUCUGCUUCUUCGAGUUCAUCAGAAGCUGGUGGUGCUGAAGGAGGUAGUCGUAGUGGAUCACCCACUCCAUGUAAUAGUCCUGAAGCUCCUAGAAAAACAACUAUUGAGUCAUUGGAUAGCUCAGAACCUGAACGUGACGCUUCUACUAGUUUAAGUACAAUACGUGAUACUUCCAAUACCUUGACUAUUAUGCGCGAAACUUCAAAUACUUUAGAACCACCUCGUACAAUUCGAGAAAGAGAUAUCAGAAAUUCUGCUUCAUUGGAAGUACCAAGUACGCAACAGAGAGAACGAGAAAUUAGAGCAUCAGCAUCUUUGGAUAUUAAUAUCAGAAAGCCGGAACUUCGUAGUUCAGCUACGUUAGAUAAUAUGCGUAAUUCCGCAACUCUUGAUACAUUACGUGGUACUGCUAAUACUCUUACACGCGCACAGCUUAAUGCAGCGACCACGUUGCAACGACAAAAUGCAACUGUAAGAAGUCCGACACAAGAAGAACAAAAUCGUAAAAGCCCACCACCAAGUGAACCGAGGUAUCUUUUUAUCGAAACAAGAAAAUGUUCGAAUUUAGGUAUUUCCCUUGUUGGUGGUAAUGGUGUCGGAAUAUUCGUACACUCAGUACAACCAGGUUGCCUCGCGGAAGAUGCAGGAUUACGUCCCGGUGACCGUAUCCUAGAAUAUAAUGGUGUUGAUCUCAGACAAGCAACCGCAGAACAAGCUGCUUUAGAAUUGGCUAGACCAGCAGAUAAAGUAACGCUGAUUGCUCAAUAUGUACCUGAAAGGUAUAACGAAGUAAAGGAUAAACCUGGAGACAGUUUUUAUGUGAAAGCAAUGUUCGAUCGAGUAGGCGAAGUUGGAGAUAGCCUACAACUUAGGUUUAGUAAAGAUGAUAUUUUAUAUGUCGAUAAUACAAUGUUUAAUGGUACUCCGGGUCAUUGGAGAGCUUGGAUAGUUGAUCAAGCUGGAAGAAGACAAACUUGUGGUAUAAUUCCAAGCAAAUUCAAGGUCGAAGAAGAACUGCUUUUACGACGUUCAUUAGGCGAUUUAGAAACAGAUACUAGUAGAAGAGGUAGCACAAGCGCAAGAAGAAGCUUUUUUCGUCGAAAGAAACAUCAACGUUCUUCUAGUAGGGAUAGUAAAGAAUUGUCACAUCUUACGGGAGUAAAUUUGGGUUGGUAUAGUGAUAGUGGAACACUAAAUGAAGAAACUCUUCCAGCAAGUUAUCAACGUGUUGAAAGAUUGGAUUAUCCAGCUUUAAGACCUGUGUUGAUCAUUGGACCGUUAAGCGAAUGUGUAGUGACAAAACUAUUACAAGAAUUUCCAGGAGAGUUCACCAGGUGUCUCGCAGAAGCUAUGCACUGUUCUCAAGCGACGCUUGAACAAGGUUUGCGCGACUCGCUUUAUGUGGACUAUAGAAAAAAAGGAAGCUAUUUCGAGUGUACCACAGUACAAGCUGUGAAGGACAUCUGUGAGAAGAAUACUCAUUGCAUAUUGGAUGUAUCAAUUGCGUCGAUCGAGCGACUUCAUCGACAUCAGAUCUAUCCUAUAGUAUUGUUGAUUAAAUUUAAAAGUACCAAACAAAUAAAGGAAGUCAAAGAUUCCAGAUACCCAAGUGAUAAAGUUAGUGCCAAAGCGGCCAAGGAGAUGUAUGAACAAGCAUUAAAAUUGGAAGCUGAGUAUAAACAUUAUAUUUCUGUUGUAAUUCCAGCUGGAGUAAAUGUCGCGUACAUAUGUACUCAAGUAAAAGCUGCAGUAGAUGAAGAACAAAGCAAAGCGCUGUGGGUUCCUAGAGGACCUCCCUGACAUUUAAGGGGGGGUCCCCACAAACCACAGUGGAAAUCAAUCUAAAUUCCACCAGGGGGCCCUUACGUCGUACGAUUGUAAAAUUGUUACAAUUUUUUUUAUUUAUGGUCUCUUAUUUGUCACGACAGUGUGCAGGAAUUUCGGUUUUUCUUUUCAUGGUUCCAUUACUACGAUCUUUUUAAUUAUUUUUAUUUAUUUCGUUAUUGUAAUGCAAUUAUGCAAAGUUUUUAAUAUCUUUUUUAUCUUUCUUCCUUUUUUCAUUUAUCUUUCACUUUGAAGUCUGAUACAAAUUAUACAAUUUAUUUUAAUAAGCUUUGUCAUAAGUAUUUUAAUAAGUAUUUCACUAUUUCAGCAAAUAUUUGAUGCUAGUUAAACAACACUGAUAUUUCCUAUAAAAUAUUACGAGAUAAACAAGACGUUUUAUACAAAUCCUAUCUUAUAUUUUCAACUUUAAUAUCCUUGAUUUUUACUUUCCUUAUGAAAAUGACACUAUUGAUGUAUUACAUUUCAAUAUUUCACUUUUAUGGAAAAAAAUCAGCAUAGUAUAGUUUCAACAUUUAAUUUCCCUUAAAUCAACAGACAUGUGCAAGAAUUAUUCUUCAUGCUUCAUAAAAGUUGAAAACUUUGCUUGCUGCUUCGAACCUCGAUCGAUCAUAAUUUCCCAAUAAGGUAUGCAACAAUGUGAAAAUUAUUUGUUGCAAUUGGCGUGAGACCAUAAAUGAAUUAAUGUAGCAAGUAAAAAUAUUCAUCGUAUUGUGGCCCGUAAAACAUUUGGUGGAUAAAUGUAAAGUUCAUUAGUUAGUGAAUAAGUCUCAGCCAUUCAGUGCUUGGCUGAUGUUAUUAACCCCUCAGAUCACUUCGUUGUACAGAAUAAUUUUGCGUGAUUAGUAUUAUUGUACAGAGGAUGUUAUAAAUUAAAAGAGGUUACUUAUUUGUAUAUAAUUUACUUAUGAAACUUAUGGAUUAUAUGUUUAUUAAUUUUUAGUUUAGAUGAAUCCUUUAAUUGUAUGUUUAAAUUUAAGUGAUACUUUAGUCAUUGUUUUAUAAAACUGUUUAUAAUCCAUUUGUUGAAGUUGCGUAGCUAUUGGUUUGAGGGGUUAAAAUUUUAAUGUUGUAGGUCCAGGAAUUAAAAAAUGUAAAGAAAUUGAAUACGGAAUUGAAAAAAAUGGAUUGUUUUUGCCAUUUUUUAAAUUUGUAAAUAUCUGAAAUGAUAAUAAGCAGUAGAUAUCCGCAACACAGAGAAACUCAAUAUAAAGCGCUCGUAACAAAACGUAUGAUGGAGUAUGUUACUGCUUUUUUAUUUCUGUAGUUCGAAUUAUUUUACGAAUUUAUACUGUAAUGUUUUUAAAUCGAGUUUAAGACGCUUUGUAAGGUGCAGUCAUAUUUUUGAACACAUUUAAAAUGCGAGUACGUAUCAUUACGUAUCUACAUUCAGAAUUCAGUACAUAUUUCUUACUACAUUUUUAAAUAUAAGGACGUCAUACAUUUUUUAAAUAAUUUUUACUGUUAUUAUCUUAAAAAUUAUACUUAAAUUUCCCCACUUCUUGCUUUCUUCCUAAACAUUUUGAUAAAUAUAACAGGAUCUUUUAUAUUGUUUUCAAUAUCUGGAUGUAGAUACAAGUUUCAUAUAUACAUAUUACCAGAAAAAAUUAAGAGUACAUUAAAUGAAAUAGCUAAAAGAAAUAGCUAUCGUAAAAGUCUAGUAACGAUGCUUCGAUACUUAAAUACAUAAUCUUCUUUUUUGUUCGAAACGAAGCCUUUCUAAUUUCGAAAGAGGCUUACGUUCUUUAAUGAUAUCGAUAAAUAUCGAAUAUCAAGUUUAGUAACAAUUUGUACGUACAGAAAGAAUCCAGUAAGAGUGGAAGACAAACAAAUGAAGUUAAACAUUGCUUUUUGUAAAACAGAAAUUUAGUUUUUUAACAAGACAAUAUUUAGGCGUAAGUUAUCAAAGUGAGACCAAAAAUUAAAAGAAUAUUAUGCUAAUUCAUAAGGAUUACAAUUAAAUUUAUUCGUAUCGUUAGCGUCGAUAUGUUUAAUGCGGAAGUGUAGAUAUAUACUUUUUGAUACGUUGCGAAAUCAUCGGUACGAAUUUCGUAAUAAAAAAGGCUCAAAAAGGAAGAAAAAGGGAAAAAAUUAUGAAUUAUAAAAAAUGCCGUACACACUUGGCAGCUUAUAAUAACAAGGAAUUAUUGUAUUUCGCACCCAAGGUAAAUACUCUUUAAAAGGCUAUCGUGGACAAUCUACGCGUUAAAAUUAAGAAUUUACUAGCGAACUAAUAUAACAAAAUAUUUUCGGGAAAGAAUAUUUAAUUCUUAUUCUUUUAAUAAGUAGAGAGGAUAUGAUAAUAUAUGUGUGUGUACGUUUAUAUAUUGCAUAUAUUUGUACACACAUAUGAAUCUUGAACGUUAUACAUGUGUGGGGUGAAGUAAAUUAUUUAAAUCGACAAUCUUAAUUAUAUUUUAUAUGACGAUAUUACAAUCAUACAAUACUUAUGAGAGUAAUGCAUUAUAUAUUUUUUUUAUAACGAUUUUAUUUUUCCUAAUUUAUUUUGGCAUUGUUCUAAUUGAAAAAUACAACAAAUCUGUUUACUUUUUGUAAGUAUGGCAGUAAUUUUCUUUUCAAUGUUGAAUUGACGAAAACACGAUUGAGAUACUUAACUCUAAAAAGAAAAUAGCAAAACAUUAAUAUAUAGAUAUUUUUUUUUAGUACAUGUAUAGUAUCUACGACAAAUUUAGUGCAAAAUAUAACAUAAGACUCAGAAUGUUAUAAAAACAGCACGCGUUAUUUAAUUUAUAUUAAAAAUAAAACUACAAUGGAUAUUAAUUCUAAAAAAAUAUCCAAAUCGUAAGUCGCGCCUUGAGUAAUAUAUUUCUUAAUUAAAAUUAAGUAUAACGUGACCGAAGAGUAAACCGUAACUUCAUAAAAUUUUGUUAAUUAUUGCAAUUGUGUCGUAUUGAAUAAUUUUUUAGAUGAAACGAAACAAUAAAACUCUCACCUUACAUAAGAAUCUUGUAUAACGGGCAAGAUUCGUUUGUGGAGAGUUAAAAGGUUUGUUUUCUCCCGUAGCUUGAUACGUCUACAACUAUCCUAUUUUAAAAAACACAAACUAUCGAUAUUUAAAUUAAACAUAAUUUCUGUGCGGUGCAAGAGGAAAAAUUAAGAUAGGUCGAGGGCGAAGUAAAAUGCCAAAAAUAACAAAAAGAGAAAGAAAAAGAAAAGAAAACAGUAUCGAAGGAGGAAGGAGAAAAGAUUAAUUUUGUAUUAUGAUUAUUCUCAAUCACAGCACUGUGAUACAUAUAACAUUUACAGCUUUGAUAACAUAUCAAUUUCACAAUCCUUCUACAUUACUAUUAUACAUAUACAUACAUAUUUUGGGCAAUACUUACAUAUACAUAAAUGUUAUAUAUAUUUAACUACGCACUUUUACUAUUUUUCAUAAGCACGUGAUUCUGAACCAUUCAAUACCCACAUACAUAGCAUUAGUGCGCGCAAAUACGUCCGUAAUAAACGAAGGAUGUAUGAUGUACACUUUUUUCGAUAGAAUUUCGAGUGGAUUGAAUUUGAAUGAAAAAUUCUAGAUAUUUUCCAUAUAUUAUCUAAAAAUGUAUAAAGAUAAAACUUAUAAAAGUAUGUUUUUCAUGUAAAAUUUAAAUUUAUUACUUUUUAACGCUCUAAAAUGAAACUAGGAUGCAAUUAUAUCUUUUUAUUUAUCUCAGAUUAGAAAUUACUUAUUUCUAAUGAUCAUUGAACUUAUGAAACAAAGAAAUUUGUUAUUAUUUAUUGUUACCAUUCAUUUAUUCAUUUGUUGUUUAAUGUAUUUUUAAAAGAGCGUAAUUGAAUUUGUCUAAUCAAGGAAAUAAAUCAUAUAUGUUUUCAAGUAUUAUUUACUCGAAAUGUUUCUAAAAAUAUUUGAGACGUAAUUGACACACGUGCUGAGUGGUGCACUAACAAACAAUUAAAUGUACCAUAAUAGAAGCAUUAAUUACUGGCAAUCAUUGAAGCGUUUAUGGUGAUAUAUUACUUAGACGAGAAGCAAAGCCUGACGAUUGGGUUUGAAAAAUGCGCGAUACAGAUCGAUGAUUUAUGAUUCUAAUAGCGAUUUGUUCAAACGAUAAUCGCGACUAGUCUUCAAUAGUAUUCUAUUUUCUAUAACGAAUUUCUCCUCGCAAUAUCACUUAUAUGCUCCAGCCGAAAUUUUAUCGUCUUAAUAUCAUUGUGUCCGACAUUAUAUUCGCUAUCUCCCCAUAGGUUUCCUAUUCUAUUUGUAUCGCACUAUUUGUUUAACCAAUAACGAUGUACGUAACAAUUACACUGCGCAUCAUCACUGAAAAGAGUUUAUUCUAAACUUAACUAAAAGCACGUUUGACAUUAUGUUUCAUUUCUUCUUAUGUUUCGUUUCUCUGGUUUUAUCUUGUCUCAAAUAUUUUCAAUUAAACUCAAGAUUAACAAAAUUAGAUGUUUUAUCAUAUAAAAGUUCCUAAAAAUCAAAAAACUCUAAUUAUCUUUUCUUUUUAAUUAAAAAAUUCAAUUUCAAUUAAAUCUCAAUUUUAAUUCAGAUUCAAUUAAGAAUGUUACUUUUGAAACGCAAAAUGCUGAAAUAUAGAGAAACGACUUACUAUAAUAAGAAGUAUUGUCAUUGUUUGCUCUUGUCUUCCAAAUUUCCACAAUUAUAAAUCGUUAUCACCCAAUCAAUAUGGUUAUAUAAAUUUGAUGAAUAUCGAAAAAACAAAUUACUUAUCUUAAAUUUGUAAUUUAUGAGAACAUAUGAGUCUAUUAUAUUAACGAUUCUAUUAAACUUCUGUCAUAUCUGUAUAUUUUUCAAGUAUUCUACGAGUCUUUUAUCUUGUUACAAAAGUGAUUAUAGCUAUCAAUCGGCAAAAAUAUCAAAAUUUUUAAUAGAUCUAAAUCUAUUGUCUAAUCAGAUACACUUAAUUUGUCUGCAGCCUUUCCUAUUAAUCAGCAUAUUUUUUGAAGCAAUAAGAUUCUUAUACUCAUUGAAAAAUUAGCGAAUAGAGCUCGCGAAUGUAUAAUAUAAUAAUAUCAACUUGGUGCUGUUUGUUCUUACACAUUUAUUACAUUAGUUUUUAUACACAUAUAUUAAGAAUAUUCUCUUAUCAGUCAAUGCAAUUGUAAGCACUUGUGCAUAUCCUGGAACUAUGAUAUUGAAUGGUUUGAAAUUUUUAUACCUGUAUGUGUAUACACAUCUUUUGUUAACAUAUGUAUGUAUUUUGAUUCUUAUUGAGAUAAUGAAGAUUAUUACGAUUUCGGUAAAUUCGAAAAGAAUCUAAAGAAAAUUCAUUGAUGAACAACAGAAAAGUUUAUUAAUUGGGCAUGCAAAGUGUCUUAUUCGUCUCUCCUCAUCGGUAGAAUCGUCUUUGAAUCAGAGUAUUACCUCAUCAGUAGUAAAAAUUUAUUCCUGUUUUGGCUAAGGAAACGUAUAAUAUGUAUAAAUACAAAUGUAACAAUGUUGCGAGCGUAGAUAAAUUAGAUUUGAGUAUUUUUCAGUGAAGAGUAUUUAUCGAUAAUAACACUUAAUUUUUAUAUUUAACUCUUUGAUUGUGUAGAGAUAAAGUUUUUGUAAAUUUUGAAAUACUUAUGGAUUAUAUUAUUAUAUUUUUCAUGGUAUAAAUUUUUGAUCUUUUCCAUUGUUUGAAAACGUUUUCGAAGAAGACAGUUUUGUUUUCAAGAGGAAAACAGUGAAAUGUUCAGCGAUCAGAGAGUUAAGAAAAACUAAACAAACAAUACUGACUCUUAAAAUGUACUAUUUAUGGCUGUUAAAAAGAAAUGCGUUAAUUAAUUACAAAAUGAAUGACUACAUAAUAUCAGAAUGCAAGAAAUUCAGACUAAAUCAAAUUUUAUAAAAGUUAGAUUACAGAAUGACGUUUCUAGUUUUUUGAUAAUCACAUUUCUACGUUUUUACACACACAGAGUGCAUUAUUGAAAUGGAAUUGUAUACAUAGUUACUAAGUGCAGAUAAACCUAGACUGAUUUAUAAAAUAAUCAAUUAUCAAAUUUGUGUCUAUUUUGUCGGUGAUAGAAUUAUGAGACAUUGAUCAAUUUGCCAAUUUGAAUAACUAAAAGAAGAAAACGUUGUGCUUCAUAGGUUGUUGAGAUCUCCAAUAUACAAGCAAAAAUCGGAAUAUAUGGUUGUAUCGUUUGUUUAUAAACGCAUUCACUGCCAAAUAUUUAUUUAACUUUUGUUUCUUUAUACUGCUAAUGCAUAGAGGAGGUUAAAUAUUUGCAAUGUAAUAAAAAUAUACGUAUGAAACGUAUUAUGGAGAAAAGAUAGAUAAAUAAUUUGCAUCGUGGUGGGAAAAUCGUCUUGUAAAAACUUAUUGUUCAUAAACGUAAAGAAACUCAAGAGAUUUGAUUGUAAAUGAUUUUUUGUUAAAUAAUAUUAUAUUAAUGCAAUAUUAUUGAAAUAAUGUUAAAUGAUAUUAUUUAGUAAUAUUAUAGUGAUAUAAUAUUAUGUUUUAUAAAUGUAUUGUAUAUACAUAUGUAGCAUAUUUGUGCGUAAUGUAUCAUGGAUUGUAUAAAGAGAAAGUUUUCGUAUUACUUUAAGUGAGCUUUAAGGAUCAUUUUAAUUUUGAUUGGUAACGCAGUUUUCCAUAUGCUUCCAUAAAGAAAAUACCGAAAUCUUAUUUACUCACACGAAACUCCGCACGACAGGUGCCCUUAUUAAGUUAUUACAUCUUCAACUAUUUAUUAUUUAUAGUUAAAUUCUUACAUAGUCAGCAAUAAACUUGUCUGUUUAUUUUCAGAGUACGUGUUUUCUUGUUAUCUCAGUAAUCAUCCAGCAUGUUUGAAUCGUUUUGUUUAUUGCACGUAAAAUACAAAGAUUUUAUAUAUUUUUACAUUUUAUAUUUCUAUUGAAUUUUAUAUUAUUUACUCAUACUUAUAUCGUAUAGAUGGAGAAUGGUUAACAAACUAAAUGAAAGGAGGAAGAGAUAUUUUAUUGAGGGUAUUUAUCAAUCACUCAAAAUAUUUCUCGCAUUUUAAUUCUAAUCACGAAGGUUGUAAUCAAGACGUCCAAUACUUACACUACUGAUAAACUAAUACAACGUAAUGUACAUUUGUAUAAAUCCUUCAAGUAUUCGUCAUUCGAUCUUUCCCACCAAUGUGCUUUGUAUGCGUAAGCUUUAACAGUGAAUGCGUGCACAAUUAUUAAUAUAAUAUUUUUAUCGCGCUUGAUAACUAACAGUGUAAUACAAUUAUGCGAUUGUAGCAUCUUUUUUUCUCUCUUUUUCUCUUUUUUUUUUUUUUUUUUUUAUCAGGAUCGAACGGAUAGGAUAUUUCAGAAUCUGUGAUCAAUAUAUAUCGACACGUAUAAGCAGCAUGAAAUUUGCGAUUAUACUAAGAUGCAAAUAUUUUUUAUACGAAUUGGUGUAUACGCUCAGACGGUAGCCGAUCGUAUUUAAUGUACCGAGAGACGAAAUUAGUGGUAGAACUUAGUACAUGGUUCGACAAAUUUUCCGAAUAUCAAAACGUUCUAUGACAGUAAAUUGCAAUAUUUUUAUGCAAUAUUUAUUGGAACGGUUGUUCGUUGUUAUUGGAGCUAAUUAUUCGUUCGAAUACGAAGUGAAUAUUAUACAUAAGAAUGGAACGUGAUUAAUUUUAUUUCUCUAUUUCUUAUAGUCAAGUUUAAAUUUCUUGAAAAAUUGUUGGCAUCACAUAUUACGUACAAUACGAAAACGUAACAUAAUCUUAUAAAAAAUGCGAUUCUGUAAUGAGGAAACAAUUCAACAUUUUCGGAGAUCAAUUAUUUUAUACGUUUACGUUAUCAUCUGGCAACACAUCCGAUAUGUUGUCGUAACAUCUUAUACCAAUUUCACAAAUAGAUUAUACAUUGAUUUUACGUGUUGAAAAGGAUCCGAUUUGCAGCGCGAGUUUUGCUUGAAUUUUAAAUAAAAUUCAAGCUGCAGCUCAAUAUUUAUAGCUGAUACAACUACUAAGUAUAUGCUUCAAAUGUCCAAUUUUACACCGUUCCCUUGAAAGAAAAUAAGUCUUCCUGUGUCUAUUCCUGCCACGCGUUGACUGCCCUGAAAAUAUUUUUUACCAAACCUUCACGAUUUUUCAUCACAUUUGAAUGCUAAUGUAUACGAUUAUAACUGCAACGUUACUUUCAUGGUUAGUGAAAAUUAUUUUUGAAAUCUCUUAUUAAUCGUAACAACUAAAUACUAUACUGAUCCCAGUUAGUAUUAUCUGAUUGUAGCUAUUCACGAAAAAAGAAAUAUCGCAAUUAUCAAAUACGAUAAAAAUUGCAAUAAAAAUCACAUGGUAUGAAUAAAACUUUCAAUUCUUUAAGAUCAGAACGAUUUGUAUGAUAAGGUUUCGUACAGUGUAUGAAACCGAAUUAUAAUAAAUUAAAUUUUAUUAAAAAAUUUCGAAUAUACCAUAUGGAUUCGUAGGCCUUUGGAAAUCUAAACAAUUAAGACAUUUGAAAAAAACGAAACAAAUAAGCACUAGUUAAUAGAAUUCGAGUUUUGCAGAAACUCAAUGAGAAAACAAAACGAGCUUCAAUUCGAUCCUAAAAAUAUGAAUUCAUGAGUAACGACAGAAAGUUUUCUUAUAGGCUUGCAUACGGUAAUAAUAAUUAACAUCGUAAUUUGAAUUGUCCUCUUUUAAACGACAACAAAGUAUCAAAAUUAAUAAUAAACACAAGACUACAGUAUAUUGAGAAAGAAAAAUCUUAAACAAUCUACUAUGUAAUUCGUAAUCUAUUUAUAAUUACUAGCAGAAUAAUGAACAUGGAACAUGUUUUCUUUGUUUUUCAUGCAACUAAUUUAUCGAUCACCAUUACGAUAACAAUAUAUAAAAAACUGUAUUGUAUCAUUCAAUUUCCUCCGUUUCUUUUCUAAUGGUUUUGAUACCAAAUGUUAUAGCCCGUAAUUUAUAAAUACGUAUACUUCUAUUUAUAUAAGCAUCUCCUCUAUAUACAUAUAAAUACAUAUAUUGAAUAUAUGUGUGUGUAUAUAUAUAUAUGCGUUAUAUGAUAUGUACAUACAUAUAUUUGCAACGCGACGAUACGCGGACCGUCGGCAAUCUUUGUAAUAUUAUAAUAUAUAUGUAUAUGUGACACUCUGAUUAAUAUGUAUAAUAUAAGGGAUGUAUCGGUAUUGCUGUGAGACUGUUCCAGCAACACACGAACGCCCAUAUAAUAAAUAUUAACGUAUCGACGUUCGUUAUUCUUUGUAAGCCUUCUUUCUUGUAAAACGUACAAGUUGUCUUAUGUAGGAGAGCAAGGAAAUAAAGUCGAUUGUACCGAAA